UCCCUGGGGGGGUCCGGGCGUCCCGCUUGGGAAGGGAGGACGCUUUUCCCGAAGGAAAUCCCUGUGGAAGCGGCUCCGGGAUCGGCAGGCAGACGAUUUUUGGGACUGUUCUCCCCCCAUGGAGCCCUGGGCGCCGCUGGACCCGCGGCAGAAGGAGCUGUACCGGGAGGUGAUGCACGAGAGCUACGAGACCCUCCUGUCCCUGGCAGCUCAGGGCCUGGUGAGUGCAAAGGCAGAGUCAGAGGACGGAGCAGCCGAGCCCGGCGAGGCUCCGGGGGUGGGCUCGGAGCGGGAGAAGCCCCUCGGCUCCCACCGGCGCAAAGCGAAGCGCCCGGACCGGGCCGUGCCCCCCGGAGCCCCCGCGGCGGUGCCCAAACCCGAGCCCGAGGAAAGGCCGUGCCGGGAUCGGUGCCGGGAUCGGCCCUUCGGCUGCGCCGACUGCGGGAAGAGCUUCCCGUGGGCCUCCCACCUGGAGCGGCACCGGCGCGUCCACACCGGGGAGAGACCCUUUGGCUGCCCCGAGUGCGGCGAGACCUACAGCCAGAGCUCGCACCUGCGGCAGCACCGGCGCGGCCACGCCGGCGACCGCCCGCGCCGAGGAGGCCGGGGCGGCGGCCAGAGCUUCCCCGGCACGGCCCCGCGGCCCCACCGCUGCGGCGACUGCGGCAAGGCCUUCGCCUGGGCCUCGCACCUGGAGCGGCACCGGCGCGUCCACACCGGCGAGCGGCCCUUCGGGUGCGCCGAGUGCGGCGAGCGCUUCAGCCAGGCCUCCCACCUGGCCAAGCACCGCCGCGGCCACGCCGCCGCCGCCGAGCGGCCUCACCGCUGCCCGGCCUGCGGCAAGACCUUCCGGCAGAGCGCGGAGCUGGCGCGGCACCGGGGCGCCCACCUGGGCCGGCGGGCCCUGCGCUGCGGCCACUGCGGGCGGCUGUUCCGCGCCGGGCCGGCGCUGGCGCGGCACCAGCGCCGCCACCACCGCCCGCCCGAGCGCUCGCACCGCUGCGGCCACUGCGGCAAGGCCUUCGCCUGGGCCUCACACCUCGAGCGCCACCGGCGCGUCCACACCGGCGAGAGGCCCUUCGGCUGCCCCGAGUGCGGCGAGGCCUUCAGCCAGGCCUCCCACCUCGCCAAACACCGCCGCAGCCACCUCCACAAGGCCGCGGGGCCGCCCUGCGCCAGGACCUGGCACCGGGUGGGGGACGAGCCGCAAGUCACCACGGACUCACCUGGAGCCCAUGGCGGCGAGGAGGCCUGAGGGGCCGAGACCCCCUGAAGGGCCGAGACCCUCCCUUGGAGUGAUGGAUGGGGAGGAAGGACGGUGCCCCAAGCCGAAACUCGGCUUGAGGACAAGGCCAAAGACUUGGGGAUGAGCCCCCCCGGAGUCACUUCGCGUGUGGGGGGGGCUGCGGAGCCCCUCGUUGGGACCCCUUAAAUUUAUCGGUGAUAAACACAUCGGGGACCGUUUUGGGGCAAAAUCGCCUGAAUUUGGAGAGGGGGGGGUGCUGGGGGUGGUGUAGCCCCUGUGCUCUGAGGGGACGGGGCUGAGGGGCUGCAGGACUCCCCCCCAGUGCUGCACCUUCACAGUGGGGAAAGGGGCUGAUUUGGGGGGCAAAAGGGGGAGUUUCUGUCACCAGAACAAAGAGCACCCCCGAGACGUGUUAGGACCCCCCCACGAGGAGUUCGGAGCCCCCAAAAUUCGCGUUUU